AUGGCCGCCACUCACGCCACCCACAGAGAGUCAUGGGAUUCUCUCUCCUCCACCUUUGCCCACCUCGAAGUGUCCUUCUCACAGGACAGCUGCUACGGUUCUGAUGAGGUUUCUGUCUCAUCCAAUAAUCCUGCCCCACUUGAGUCCAGUGUCGCGACCUUCAUCGACAAGCGCGCCACCACUAUCCACCCGUUCUUGAAAUCGAUCCUCAAGAACUCCACUUCCGACAUACGUGAUGAAGUCGAUGGCACUGAUUCUGAGUCUGGAUAUGGCUCAGACGAUAUUGAAUUCGAUUACGAUGCCCUCUCGGAGGAUGAUGAAGAUGAGGACGAUGACGAUGACAUGUCCGAUUUUUCUAUCUGGGAGGAGACAGCGGAAAACGUCCCUGAAACACGAGAAGACCGCACCGACACCUUCGAUGAUGCUUUUAUCGGAUUUGAGCCUUCUGUUCGGUUUGCUCCGCAGAUCGAAUACAUCGAAAACCCUUGUCUCGCAGAGGAGGACGAGACCUCUGACAGUCAAAUGACAUGCCAUGAGAUGAUGAUGCUGGCCCUUCAAUCCAGCUCCGCGAGCUCCGCGAGCUCCUCGUUCCACUCCGAGGACGAAGGUGACGAUGAAGAUCAUCCUCAAUGCGAGUUCAUCCGCAAUUGUACCAACCAUCCCGAAGACUUUACUCGCGAUGCGGUCGAUGUCGAUCGUCAGCUAUUUGUCGCCUACAUGAACGGCAUUCACGGAAUUGCCGACGCCAAAUACAGGGCAUACAUUCACACACAGGCAGACAAUAUCAGACUGGGCCACGAAGCCGAGUCCAUGCAUCCAGACGACGCACCUUGCAUGUACCUGGACUCGAUUCAGAAUCAUGUCAUUGGUGUUUUCCGCAACAUCCUCUCCGUGGCUGAGCUGGACGACCUCGUCGGUCUCCGCAAACAAGAUGUCGCUGCUGAGCAGGCCAAUCCUGACUCUGCCAACCUCUCCCAAAACCACCAUCGCGUCCUUCUCGACAAAGUCGAGCACUUCCUCCUUGACCGUCUGGCCAACGGUCGAGUCGAUGUAUGCCCGGACGAGAUGAGCUUCCUUGCUGGCGGUAUCGUCCAAGCACUCGGCACGCAGGACCUUCCUGCCUCGACCUAG